AUGGACGAGACUGGCGUCAUGCUAUCUAUGCUAGGUACAGGCGAGGGGAGGCUCGAGUGGACCGAUGACUUGAUCGGGGACGAGAUCCCCCCGUAUGCGAUCCUGUCGCAUACCUAG